AUGAGAGACGGCAAUCUCAAGGCCAAUGGGCGGGACGUAAGGCAGUUGAGAAGCAGGUGGAAGGCGUGGGCGCGAGGCGGUGCAGAGCGGUGCAGGAGGGUGCCGCCGGGAAUGCACGUGAGUGAGGACGGGCAGGCGGGGACCCCUUGUCCCCCCGGCACGUUCAGGAGCGGAAUGGUCACCGCUGAUCGGUAUGGCACGGGCACCACGUUAUUUCCAGGAAGCAGCCUUCACAAUUGCCAACGAGCCGCUGCUCGACCUGACCCCAGACCAAGUGAACCUGCACGGGGGAGCAGUGACCCUAAGCCGCACCAUAGGCGCAUCAGGGGCGCGCUUGUGCUCAUGUCGCUGCUCUCCUGCCUCGCUGCCAUGGGUUUGAAGCGCGGCGUCACAGCGAUGUGCAUCGGUGGCAGCAGUGCCACGGCAGUGGUGGUGGGGCGAGAGGAGGGGUUCCAGCUGGAGGGACACAGGCCGGGGCACUGGUAG